GACCCCCAGCAGCCUGUCACACCAUGGUGGAUUACUAUGAAGUUCUAGGCGUGCAGAGACAUGCUUCAGCCGAGGACAUUAAAAAGGCGUACCGGAAGCUGGCACUGAAGUGGCAUCCAGACAAAAACCCUGAGAAUAAAGAGGAAGCAGAGAGAAAAUUCAAACAAGUCGCCGAGGCGUACGAGGUGCUGUCGGACGCUAAAAAACGGGACAUCUAUGACAAGUACGGCAAAGAAGGAUUAAACGGUGGAGGUGGAGGUGGCAGUCAUUUUGACGGUCCCUUUGAGUUCGGCUUCACGUUCCGGAACCCAGAUGACGUCUUCAGGGACUUUUUCGGCGGAAGGGACCCGUUCUCAUUCGACUUCUUCGAAGACCCGUUCGAGGACUUUUUCAGGAGCCGGCGGGGCCCCCGCAGCAGCAGGGACCGCAGCUCAGGCUCCUUCUUCUCCUCCUUCGGCGGCUUCCCGUCCUUCCCAGGAUUCCCUUCCUUCGACACAGGGUUCACGUCCUUCGGCUCGCUGGGCCACGGCGGCAUCACCUCGUUCUCGUCCACGGCGUUUGGUGGUGGCGGGAUGGGCAACUUCAAAUCGGUAUCGACGUCCACUAAAAUAGUCAAUGGCAGGAAAAUCACCACGAAGAGGUACCGGUCUCCCCAGCGCACGUCCGCCGCGUGUGACGGCCGGCUGACGUCCCUGACGGUAAAUGGUGUGGCUGACGAGGACGCCUUCCUGGAGGAGUGCAGGCAGAGAGGCCAGCCCGCCAGUGCCCGCUCGCUGAGGUCGCACAAGCCUGCCGCGCUGCCCAGACACGCGUCACCCCCCCACGGCUGCGAGGACGAGGACGAGCAAGGCAGACAUCGGGCCGCCGGCAGCUGGGACCCCUCCGUGUUCUCGGCAGGGCCCAAGGAAGGCGGCAAGAGGAGGCAGCAGAAGCAGAGGGGCGAGUCCAAGAAGAGGAAGCCGGCUGCCGGGCGCCGCUAGGCGGGGCUCCGGGCGGCGCGGGCGGCGCGGGCACCCUGGGCAGCGGCAUCUGCUCCCCCGUCCCCAGACCCACCCCACAGCACUGGGGGUGCGAUCGCAGCCCCUCAGACCGGGGCCGGCGGGGACGUGGUGUGGCGUCAGGGCCGGGGGCCGGCGAGGGCACCUGCUGGCCGUCCCCGCUCGUCCCCGGCACACGGGCUGCGUGUCCUCCGUGUGGGUCGCACUCACCGCCCGCCCGCUCGGCCGCCCCGUCGACGCCCGGAGUGUCUAGCUUUAGAGGGAGACCACGGGGCCGUCGGGCCAGCGCCCGAGCCCACGAAGUGACUUUCCUCCGGGCGGCGCAGCCUCGGGAGCUAGAGCUGGGUAAGUGCAGGUGACAUGCAGGGGACGUGCGUCAGGCCUGAGCCGCGGCCGUGGGUGGCUUCCCUCCAGUCCGUGGAGCCGGUUCGGAGAGCGGCCCCGCCUCCCGCGCGGAGGACUUGGAAUCAGUGGGGUGUGAGCUCCUGCCCUGGGUUUUCUGUGUUAAGCUGGGUCCUCUCCAGGUCGUCCAGACUGCACCCCAAAUACGGUUUGACCUCCGCUAAGUCCCGUUUUUUUCCUUCGAUCCACGAUUGUUCUUUUUCGCACAUACGGAACUCUGCAGAAUUUUGUUUUGCCGUGCUGUUUCUGGCUCUGAGCUUUGGUUCUGCUGAGGAAAAAUGGGUGCACUGUUCACACACGCACACACACGCACACACGCACGUGCACACGUGCCCCCAGGACUACACGGAACUCAGUUUUUCAGUUUGUAAACAUCGGCUGCUCUAAAAACCAGCUUAUCCGAGCCACGCCCCCCUGGCCUGUGGUCGUGUCCGUGCCCCGCUGCCUAACCCCGC